AUGACGCUCUGGCUGCUGCUAGUUCUAUCCAUUUGGGUGUGGCCUGAUCAAGCUGACUCUGCCCAGUCCAACGAACGGCGAGUUGUAGCACACAUACCUGGUGACAUCAUCAUCGGGGCGUUGUUCUCUGUCCAUCAUCAACCUCCUGCCGACAAGGUGCAUGAGCGCAAAUGUGGCGCGGUGCGAGAGCAGUACGGCAUCCAGAGGGUGGAGGCCAUGAUGCACACACUGGACCGUAUUAACAAUGACCCACACAUCCUUCCCAACAUCACCCUGGGCUGUGAGAUCCGGGACUCCUGCUGGCACUCAGCCGUGGCUCUGGAGCAGAGCAUCGAGUUCAUACGGGAUUCACUGGUCUCCUCCGAUGAGGCCGAGGAGUGGGGUGGAGGAGUUUCUUGGGGAGGCGGAGGAGGUGGAGGAGGUGGAGGAGUGACGAUGAAGUGCGCAGACCCCUCUGCAACUCCAAUGCGCGGGAAGAAACCUAUUGUGGGUUUAAUUGGACCGGGGUCAAGCUCAGUGGCCAUCCAGGUCCAGAACCUUCUGCAGCUGUUCAACAUACCACAGAUUGCCUACUCUGCCACCAGUAUGGACCUCAGCGAUAAGAGCCUUUAUAAGUACUUUAUGCGGGUGGUGCCUUCAGAUGCCCAGCAGGCAAGAGCUAUGGUGGACAUUGUCAAGAGAUACAACUGGAGCUACGUGUCUGCUAUACACACCGAAGGCAACUAUGGUGAAAGUGGGAUGGAAGCAUUCAAGGACAUGGCAGCCAAGGAGGGCAUCUGUAUCGCCCACUCUGGCAAAAUCUGGAGCAAUGCUGGAGAGCAGAGCUUUGACCGGCUGUUGGAGAGACUGAGGGCCCACCUGCCCAAGGCCAGGGUGGUAGCAUGUUUCUGUGAAGGCAUGACUGUCCGCAACAUCCUCAUGGCCAUGAGACGCCAGGGACUGGUUGGAGAGUUCCUGCUCAUUGGCAGUGAUGGAUGGGCAGACAGGUAUGACGUGACAGACGGUUACGUUAAGGAAGCUGCCGGCGGUAUUACCAUCAAGCUCCAGUCGGCUGAUGUGAAAUGGUUUGAUGAUUACUACCUUAAGCUUCGUCCUGAAAAUAACCACAGGAACCCCUGGUUUACAGAGUUCUGGCAGCAUCGUUUUCACUGUCGCCUCAAAGGCCACCCACAGGAGAACAACAAGUACAACCGCACCUGUAGCAAGCGAGAGUCGCUUCGGCAGCAGUAUGCACAGGACACCAAGAUGGGGUUUGUCAUUAAUGCCAUCUACUCAAUGGCAUAUGGCCUGCAUAACAUGCAACGGGCACUCUGCCCAGGCUAUCAGGGCCUAUGUGAUGCCAUGCGACCUAUAGAUGGUGCUACACUGCUGGACUUCCUGAUGAAAACCAACUUCACAGGCGUGUCAGGGGAGGGAAUCUUAUUUGAUGAGAAUGGAGACUCUCCUGGCAGGUAUGAAAUCAUGAACUUCAAAAAGAUGGGGAAGGACUAUUAUGACUACAUUAACGUUGGCAGCUGGGACAACAGGGGCUUGAAGAUAGAUGAUGAUGAAAUCUGGCCCAACAAAGACGCAAUCAUCAAGUCAGUCUGCAGUGAACCCUGCGACAAAGGACAGAUAAAGGUGAUCCGUAAAGGUGAGGUGAGUUGCUGCUGGACGUGCACUCCCUGUAAAGAAAAUGAGUUUGUGUUCGACGAGUACACCUGUCGAGCCUGUGAACUGGGCUCCUGGCCUACUGAUGACCUCACAGGCUGUGACCCCAUACCAGUUGAGUACCUGCGGUGGGGAGACCCUGAACCCAUAGCUGCUGUGGUCUUUGCCUGCCUUGGUCUAAUGGCUACGUUCUUUGUCACUGCUGUCUUCAUCAGGUUUCGAGACACCCCAGUAGUGAAAUCUUCCAGUAGGGAGCUGUGCUACAUAAUACUGGCAGGGAUCUGCCUGGGUUACCUGUGUACCUUCAGCCUCAUAGCCAAACCCCAUGUCAUCCACUGCUACCUCCAACGACUGGGAAUAGGCCUGUCACCUGCCAUGAGCUACUCAGCGCUUGUCACCAAGACGAACCGCAUCGCUCGGAUCCUGGCAGGCAGCAAGAAGAAAAUCUGUACAAAGAAACCUCGCUUCAUGUCUGCCUGCGCUCAGCUCAUCAUUGCCUUCCUCCUCAUUCUGCUGCAGCUGGGCAUCAUCGUGGCUCUCUUCCUCAUGGAGCCACCUGAUGUGAUCCAUGACUACCCCAGCAUCCGCCAGGUCAACCUCAUUUGCUACACCACUAACCUGGGUGUGGUCGCUCCGCUGGGGUACAACGGCCUGCUCAUCCUCAGCUGCACCUUCUAUGCCUUCAAGACCCGCAACGUCCCAGCUAAUUUCAAUGAGGCUAAGUACAUUGCCUUCACCAUGUACACCACCUGUAUUAUCUGGCUGGCCUUUGUACCCAUCUACUUUGGUUCCAACUACAAAAUUAUCACCAUGUGCUUCAGCGUCAGCCUCAGUGCCACUGUGGCUCUGUGCUGCAUGUUCGUACCCAAGGUGUACAUCAUUUUAGCCAAACCAGAGCGUAACGUGCGCAGUGCCUUUACCACUAGCACAGUGGUGCGCAUGCACGUGGGCGACGGCAAAUCGUCCUCAGCUGCCAGUCGUUCUUCUAGUCUGGUUAACCUGUGGAAACGCAGAGGCUCCACUGGAGAGACACUCAGCUCCAACGGUAAAUCAGUGUCUUGGGCACAGACAGAGCGCAGCAGUUCACGUGGCAACCACCUGUGGCAGCGGCUGUCCUUCCACAUCAAGAAGAAGGAGAAUAAUCAGACUGCUGUCAUCAAGCCCUUCUCCAAAACCUCUGAAGAACGUUACUGUGGAGGGGGUGACCUUCCCCCACAUGUUCCUCUGCCCUCCCUCCCGUCCAUGUCCUCCCUGCCCACUCAUCCUGACACUGGCACAGAUAAAACCCUGUACGAGCUCUCGGAGGCAGAAGAGCACUACUCGAUCACUUACAGGCCUCAGACACCUUCGCCAAUCAGUACGGUCAGCCAGAGGCUGGGGGCAGGUCUAGGGGAGGAGCCUCAGAUGACCAGUGUUCCUAAGUACCCGAGCAGCAUUUGCAGCGGCGGAAGCAGCAGCAGUUGUGGUCCUGCCAGCAGUGGCUCUGUUGUCGUUGGGAGCGAUGGUCGCUUGGUUGCCGUGGACGAUCACCCGGGAGAGGCCCAGACUUCGCUGAUGGACCAGAUCAGCUGUGUGGUGAACCGCUUCACCGCCAACAUCACUGAGCUCAACAGCAUGAUGCUCUCGUCCUCUCCGACCCACUCGCACACACACAAACACACACCUCCUUCUCCUCACCCCACCGACCCGUACCUGUUACCCUGUGAGCUCCAGAUGCCCCCGACACUCACCACCUACGCUGAUGUCCAGCCCCUCCCACCUGUCGAGUCCAGCUUGGGUGGCCGGGGCGGCUGCCUCGUUCACCCUAUCCCUCACUCACCUUACCCACUGCCGCCUCCUCACCCCCAGACCUCCCCCUCUCUCUCGCCCAUGCGAGGAGGUCUGGGCUCCUGCCUCACCGACUCUCCCCUGAGGAGGGUGGAGUUGGAAGAGGAGCUUAUUGCUUUGACUCCUCCGUCGCCUUUCCGCGACUCUCUGGCGUCCAGCAGUGGCUCACCUGUCUCAGAGACAGAUCUGUGUCUGCCCCCAGUCCCCUCCCAUCCUCCCCCCUCUCCCCCUUCACCCAGGUACAGCAGACUCACACUCAGAAACUACAGCCAGAGUUCGUCCUCACUGUGA